AUGUCAAAAAACUUAAGGCCCGACCAAGAUCAGCAUCGAAAGAAGAAAAAUUUAAGAUGCAUAUCUCAUAGAAUUCUAAAGUCCUUAUGUCUUCCAUAUAAUAAAUUUAAACUACAUCAUGAUCAAAAAUAUCGUCAACGUGAGGAGGAAGUUACAUUACCUGGUCCAGUAUUAACUCAUCAUAUGGUCACAUCAGGGGUCUUAGCAAUGGAUCAAAUUACUCAAGAGCAACUGCAGUUGCAUGACGAAAUUUGGCUUGGGAAAAAUACAACACCAUUUCGUUAG